GGCAAUUCGGUGGCUCCUCCAGAACGGCUCGUCCACCUGCAAUGGAUCCCGAGCCCCAGAAUUUCCUACCAUGGCGGUCCUUCUUCGUCAAUAAGUAUGCUAGCGCUCCCCAGUUUCCUUCUUUUUCCUGUCGGAAACGAGGCACGAGCUGCGACUUCUGCUCUAACGUGAUAUCCUCUAAUUUUCUGAUCCUCUGAUCCUCAUUCCAUUCCAAGGGAACCCCUAGAUCUACUUCACAAUGGCCUCUCCAAUUCCCCGGGGCCUGCGCCAGGUCCUUCAGAAGUCGCCCAAUGACAUUGUCAUUCUCUCUUCUCUCCGUACGCCUGUCACCCGGGCGAAGAAAGGUGGCUUCAAGGAUGCUUAUCCCGAAGAGCUCCUUGCCAACGUGCUUCGUGCCACUCUUGAGGCGAACCCAAACCUUGACCCGGCCCUAAUCGACGAUGUCGCCAUCGGUUCUGUUCUCCAGGAGCUCGGCGGUGCCAAAGCUGGCCGUAUGGCUCAGAUCCAUGCUGGGUUCCCUAACACCGUCUCUUUCCAUACUAUCAACAGACAAUGCUCCUCCGGCCUGGCUGCUAUCUCCACUAUUGCCAAUGGAAUCCGUGCCGGCGCGAUCAACAUUGGUGUCGGUGGUGGAAUGGAGUCCAUGACCCGCAACUACGGUUCCCGCGCUAUUCCCACUGUCCUCUGGCCUGAACUCAAGGAAUCAUACUCGCAGGAUGCCCGGGAUUGCAUCAUGCCGAUGGGUAUCACUUCGGAGAAUGUCGCCGCUCGCUACGGGGUCUCCAGAGCAGACCAGGAUGCUUUUGCCGCCGAGUCGCACAAGAAGGCAGCUGCGGCCCAAAAUGCCGGCCUAUUUGACUCCGAAAUCGUUCCCGUGAAGACCCUGUCCUACGAUCCCGCGCACCCCGACGCUGCUCCCACCGAGAUCACCGUCUCUAAGGAUGAUGGAAUUCGCCACAACCUGUCAGUGGAAAAAAUGGCUAGCUUGAAACCCGCAUUUUCUGCCGAUGGUGCCAGCACUGCUGGAAACAGUUCUCAGGUUAGCGACGGUGCUGCUGCGGCCCUGCUGAUGCGCCGCUCUACGGCUACUGAGCUCGGCUUGGCCUCUUCCAUCAGGGCUCGCUGGGUUGCUUCUGCUGUUGCUGGCUGCGCUCCCGACGAGAUGGGUGUUGGCCCUGCCGUUGCCAUCCCCAAGCUUCUGCAAAUGUUGGACAUGAAUGUCUCCGACGUUAACAUCUGGGAGAUAAACGAGGCCUUUGCCUCCCAGGCUCUGUACUCCGUUCGCAAGCUUGGAAUUGAUGAGUCCAAGGUCAACCCCAAGGGUGGUGCUAUUGCCAUUGGUCACCCUCUGGGUGCCACUGGUGCCAGACAAUUGGCGACUCUUAUUCCUGAGCUUGAGCGCACGGGCCAGGACGUCGGUGUUGUCAGCAUGUGCAUUGGAACCGGUAUGGGUAUGGCUGGCAUGUUUGUCCGGGAGUGAAAGUGAUGAAAGUGAGGAUCUCAUUCUGUACAGUUUUUUUUCUUUUACAUUUUCAUGAUUUCAGCGUAGACGCAUGUAUAUACACC